AUAUCGUUAUCCGCUUCUCACUAAAAAGUAAAAACACGAAGAAGAAGCAGGAGGAGAGCUCCAACACCAAAAAAAUGGAGAGAACCAUCUCACGCCUAUCUUACUUCUCCAGCAACCUUUCACUAGACUCUCACCGUACUCUGGUUGGCUUUACUACAUCCGUCGAUUCGCUACGGCCAACGAACUUGUCUAGACGGUCUUCGUCGCUACGUCUGUUUCUUUCUCCGCCGAGAAGCGCUCUCCGCACGCCGAAACUCGCCGCGGGGGAAGCGAGAGAUGUCCCAAUGAUGCCGAAGGUUGAUAAGAGCGGUCGAUUAAGCAGUCCCCGCGCCGCCCGCGAGCUCGCUCUUGUGAUACUUUAUGCCGCAUGCUUAGAAGGAUCUGACCCUAUUCGUCUCUUUGAGAAGAGGAUCAAUGCUAGAAGAGAGCCUGGAUACGAGUUUGACAAGACUUCUUUGUUGAAAUACAACCACAUGAGCUUUGGAGGACCUCCUGUUAAAACUGAAACUAUUGAAGAGGAAGAUGAGCUUGUGCGCCUUGAUGAAAAUGAGUCCAAGAUUGAAGCAGAAGUGCUUUCAGCUCCUCCAAAGCUGGUGUACAGCAAACUUGUUUUACGGUUGGCAAAGAAACUCUUGGCUGCAGUGGCUGAUAAAUGGGAUACUCAUGUCCUCGUCAUCGAUAAAAUCUCCCCUCCGGAUUGGAAGAGUGCACCAGCUGGAAGAAUACUAGAGUUUUCCAUUCUUCACUUAGCAAUGUCUGAAAUUGCAGUCAUUGAAACCCGACACCCCAUUGUCAUUAACGAGAAUAAUGAUGUGGAAAAGGCUGUUGAUCUUGCAAAACGGUUCUGCGACGGAUCAGCACCACGCAUAAUUAACGGAUGUCUAAGGACAUUUGUUAAAGAUAGAGCACCAACACCAACACCUCAAGCUUUAGAAUUGAAGCAAGAAAUGUCAGUUUAAGUUAAGAACAAACUCGCAUCUACGUUUGGAGGCUGGCAGACCUCAGAUUUUGGUCGUCGGGACUAGCUCGCUCGUAAGUGAAGUGUUGAUCCGAUGAUCUUAAUCUCUAGACCAGGAGAUAUUCUGGUCCGAAGCUUUUGGUACCUGAGACUGAUUUUUUUAUUUUUAAUAAUCCACUGCAGCUCAACAUGUUUAUUGCUAAGAACACAACAUGCCCAAAAUAAUGUACAAUCCUAAUAUAUACUUUAUAUGUAGUCGCUUUAAUGUAUGUGUAUUUGUAUGAUCAUCUUUCAACUUGUAUGAUGUAUCCCAUAUUUUGAGAAAAGAAAAGUUGUACAAUGUGUUUUAUCUA